GGGAUGAAAGGGGGAUUAACAGCACCUCUCUCGAUCAUGCAAGAAAAAUAUUAGUUGCCACAGAGACUUCAAAGAAAAUGAGACGCCAGUGGAAGGUUUCAGACAGAUUCAGUUAGUGGGGAGCUCGAUCAGCUCGAUCCAUUGGAUUUCCCGCAGUACAAAUAGGCAAUUCGUGUGUGUUUUUCCACCAUGCUCAAUCCACAGCAGCUCAAUCAGACCCGCUCCAUGUCCAAGAGGCAUAAGCGAAAAUCCCCCAGUGAAGUUCGGACUGCCAAAGCCAUGCCCAAAGUGAAUCCUCAAUCACUUUUGGAUAUCUGUGCCAAGUGUGUAGCUCAGAAGAUUCCUUUUCAGCAGAUCGAGGAGACCUAUGAUCGAAUCCCCGAACCGGUCCAACAACGGGUUAUUUUCUGGUCAUUUCCACGAAACGAGAGGGACAUUCGUAUGUACUCUUCACAGGCCCAGGUCCCUUCCAGUUCUCAAGAAUAUCACAACUCCCCGUUCUGUCGAGGGAUCAAAUUGUUGGAACAAGGGUGUGUGCAAGAUGUGCUACAAGUCGGUUUCCAUCUAAGCGGAGUCAUAGGAAUCCCAUCCCAAGUGUCACUCGCUACGCAGGGUCUCAUUCAUCUCGAUAAAACCUACAAAGUCUCCAUGAGUUUUGACAGAUGCAAGAUAACUACAGUCAAUUGCAAUUGUGAUGCCAAGGACAUAUUUUGGUGUGCUCACGUGGUCGCUUUAUCUUUAUUUCGAAUUCGACAUCCGGACAAGGUUCAAUUGCGAGUUCCAAUCUCAGAAACCUUGCUCCAAAUGAAUAGGCAACAAUUACAAAAAUUUGUGCAGUAUUUGAUCUCUUCUCAUCACACCGAGGUGCUGCCAACGGCGCAAAAACUGGCCGACGAAAUUUUGCAGCAACGAUCCGUGAUCAAUCAAAUCUGCGGGGCGCCUGAUCCAACUGCGGGUGCAGCCAUUGACGAUGACAGCGCUUGGCAUUUGGACGAGGCCCAAAUUCAAGAUCAGGUCAAGUCGUACUUGUCGCAAGGCGGAUAUAGCAAUAACAGUCGGCAAUUGGGUUCCAUGUUUGCCAAAGUCAGAGAAAUGCUCAAAGCCAAAGAUUCCAAUGGAACCAGAAUGUUGGCUCUCAUGACCGAGCAAUUCCUCUCCGAUCCAAGAUUGGUGUUAUGGAAAUCUCAAGGGAGUCCCAUGACCGACAAAUGUCGUCAGUUGUGGGAUCAAUUAGGAUCACUUUGGGUCACUAUUGUAUUGAACCCAUCUUUGGACGGAUCCGAGAAGAAGCAAUUGAAAUCUCAACUCCUGAAAUGGUCGAAACUGGGAGUUUGUCCCACCGAAGACCCCGACUACCGAACCAAUAGCUCUAAUUCCAAUUCCCAUCGGUCCGAUAUUAUUCAAGCUAACUGGCCAAACGACGAGCAAGAAAUUGAGUCGAUGAAACAUCCAAUCCUUGGCCCUAACCCCAUGAUCUCAAGUUCCCGACAAAAGAAGGAUCUACCUCGAACCAUUUUUCACAAAGCACUCGAUGCCCUAGACAUGACAUGGAAUCAUCCAGGACUGACACUCAUUCUCAACCACGAUUCACCUCCUACCAAACAUAUCGAAGACCUAGAUUUCAACGAAAAAGGUCAACUCAUCUGGCAAGAACAUAUUCCCACUGCGUGUGCCCGAAUUGACGCGCUGCAUUCUCAUGGAUCCAGUCGAGAAUCCCUUCGAUUGGCUGUGGCCGUGGUGCGGGCCAUGAAAUUCAACCAAAACCACGCCCAAUCACAAUGGAAGAAACACCAAGGCUCCAUUAUGAAGAAGCUCACUCAUAGUGGUGUCGCUCGUCAACCGGGUUAUGCGGCUUGGGAAGGUUGGAUAGGACACCCACUCAAUCCGAUUGGCUGUGUCUUUGACAUCCUGGCUGGGGCCUGUUUGAGCCGUGAGCAGCACGUCCAUUUGCACCAACACGCUCAUCACCUUGAUCUGAACAAUAGCUCGGACGAGAUUUCGGCUCAUUCUGAGAACAACCGGGAACCGUUCCGAUAUCGCCGUGUCUACAUUCCAGGCCAGAGAUCGAAACGAGAGACCUACAUGUCAUUGGCUUUGGAGUGCGCUCUGAUUGGCUUGGGGCAACAACGGGUCAUGCCGGUUGGGCUUUACUCGCAAGAAAAGGCCAGUCGGCAAGAGGAGAGCUUGAUCCAUCGACUGACGCGGAUCGAAAUGGAUUCCAAUCUGGUGCAAGUGUUGUGUAAUCAGACCAAAUCACUCUUGGAUAUGGGUCCUUCGAGUGGUCUGGGUUUAGGGAUUCACACGGAAUCCUACCCAAUGCACACAUUCGCCAAGUUUUUGUUCCUGUCGAUCUUGCCGUUCGAUAACGAUCUCUCAUUCACCGUGGGACUUCGGGCGAUGCGAUUACCCAUUUUGGAAAGUUUGAACUCUCCCAUGGACCAAUCUGGCCAUGAGGAGCGCCAAAACGAUCCAACUUUCGCCAUAAGUCGUUUUCCACGAUGGUUCACUUUGGGACACAUUGAGGCGGAACAAAGCACAUUGGCCUCAACCAUGCUCCAUGCCGCCAAAGGUGAUCUCAUUCAACUGAGAACGGUCAUGGAAGUGUCCCAACGGAGUAUUCACUCUUCCACUCAUCUAUUCAAGCUGGCUCAGGAUGCAUUCCGUUACGCACUUCCCGCCCAAUCGCCCACCAAUGUCGCCAAUCAAGACAGUUCUGCUCAACGCAACCCUGCCUUAUUGGACGUGGCACUUCAGUUGGGACUCCAAGUGUUGCAAAUCACGCUCACUUCCCUGAACUGGAGGCGGCGCGAUCUUGUUCGAUGGUUGGUGACUUGUGCCACGGAGGUGGGCUUCGAAGCCUUGCUGACACUGCUUCAAAAUUGGCAUCGCUAUUUCACCCCCACUGAAGCGUCGGGAACGAUUGCUACUUCUGUGAUGUCUCAUGCGACCAUUGUGCGAUUGGCCCUCAAUUUCACGCAACAGGAGGAAAUGGCUAGUUGCGCACGUACUUUGGCGCUCCAAUGCGCGCAUGAGGAUCCAUCCGGUUGUAGUUUGAAUGCUUUAACGAUUUGUGAGAACGAACCUAUCGCGUUUGAAACUGCCUACCAAAUUGUGGUGGAUGGUGCAGAUAAUGCCAUGACCGCAUCGCAAUUGUUCACCAUCGCUCGUUACAUGGAGCAUCGCGGGUAUCCACAUCGCGCUUACAAGUUGGCUCUUUUGGCAUUGCGCUCAGUGAAGGUCCUAUACAACCAGGACACACAUCCCGCCAUUAAUGAUGUCCAUUGGACGUGCGCCCUAUGCUUGUCUCUGUCCAAGACGGACCUCUCGGCGUUCGUCGACCUCGUGGUCAAGAAUGUUCAAUGUGCGUCGGUUCUUUCGGAUAUUCUCCGCCGUUGCACCAUUCCACCAACACUCGGUUCCGUGAAGCUUUCGAAACGGAUGGCUCCUGUAUCCGCCGAAGUCAUUGACAAACCCCCCUUGAGCGACCUCCUUGAAGCCACGAUCGCCGCCUUUGUGACAACGACUCAUUCUCGACUUAGUAGCAUUUCUCCACGGCAUUACACCGAAUUCAUCGAUUUCCUUUGCAAGGCUCGUGAUACUUUCAUGCUUUGUCCAACGGGUGCAGUUCAGUUUCAGCAAUUGGUGGAGAACAUGAAACUGGCUUACAAAGGAAAGAAGAAGCUCAUUGCCCUAGUCAAGGCAAGAUUCGGAUGAUUAUUGAUCUCUGCACCACCCGAUUCAAAACCGAAACUACUCAAUUCCUGUCCCAGUGAUCUCGCUAGAAACUUAUGAAUGUACGAAGUGACGUUGCUUUCAAUCUCGGACCGAGAACGAAUGUAUUCGUAGUAGAAAUUAAGAAGAAAAAAAACCCUUCUUUAGCUCGCUAAAAGGCAGCUAGAAGCUGACUGGUUACUUGGCUUUAAUCAAUUCAAUCAUUGAUGUGAUAUUUGUUAUGCAUAGAAAUAAAAGCUGUCCUUGUCCAA